AUGCCCGCCAUCAACUCCAUUGUCGCCCGCGACGCUGUCCACCAGCUCGCCAAGCGCCAGAACUGGGCUGCCCAGGAGGCCGGUGUAGUCGUCGUCUUCUGCAUCGUCUUCCUCGUUGCCGUGGGCGUUACCGGUCUGUUGGUCUCCCGCUGCCUCUCGCGCCGCAAGGCCAAGCGUCAAGCCGCCGCCGCCCAGGCAUAA